AUGGGGGAAUGGGCCAACAGAAUGACCAAUUUAUACCAAGGGGCAGAUCAUGGUAGUGCUUCUGCCCGCUGCCUCCAAGUGAUGCUUCGAAAAUCACUAGUGCUUUUCAAGAAAAAUGGCCUUUUUCCAAGAAUUUGUUUACUUUUUCUUGGAAUUUGUCUAGUGCUUCAAUGCAGCAAUAAUUCUCUGCUGUGGAAAGACAAUAAAGCUUUUCAUGACAUUGUCAAAGAGAUUUACAAGUUAAACUCGAUGAAAGAGAAGAAUGUUGCCUUGAAUGCCCAGCACUUUAAUAAUGGUGUAAAAUUCAUACAUAAAUAUGUGAUUCGACCGAUAGCAAACAGUAAGAAAGACAAUCCUGGCGCUUUUAUGACAUCUGAAACCAAAAACGAGAAAAGAAAAAUAUUUAUUUCUAUUAAUAUUUUGUAUCGUCUCGUGCUGUCGGGUCAGCAGCAGCAACAGCAGCAAUCGUCAGUCUCUUUCUUUCCCUCGUAUCAUUGA